UGAAAGCGCACGUGCGGAUUGAGGAAAGUUUGUAUAUAAAGGUCUGAAUUGUAUUUUCUACAUGGCGCUUUAUCCUAAACUGCAUACAUCAUGUUUGCUCUAAGAAAGACCUUCAUGCACAAUGUUAAAACCUUUAAACAGGCAAGACAUUUUAGGGUGGAGGGAACAUGUUUGGGAUCUGUGAACUUGAAGGGACGCAGUUUUUUGACCCUGAAAGACUUCAACCCUGAUGAGAUCAAGCACAUUCUGUGGAUGUCUGCUGACCUGAAGCAGCGAAUCAAGCAUGAAGGACAGUAUCUUCCUCUCCUUCAAGGAAAAUCAAUAGCCAUGAUGUUCGAAAAGAGAAGCACCAGGACCCGACUGUCCACCGAAACAGGGUUUGCUUUGCUGGGUGGCCAUCCAUGUUUUCUCACUUCUCGGGAUAUUCACUUGGGUGUUAAUGAGAGCUCAAAAGACACAGCCAGAGUGCUCUCAAGUCUGACUGAUAUUGUGUUAGCCCGGGUGUACAGUCACUCUACUUUGGAGGAGUUAAAUCAGGAAGCCUAUGUACCAAUCAUCAAUGGUCUCUCUGAUCUUUAUCAUCCUAUACAGAUAUUAGCUGAUUUGCUCACACUGCAGGAGCAUUAUGGCUAUUUAACGGGCCUGACAGUGUCUUAUAUCGGUGAUGGAACCAACAUUCUUCACUCCCUCAUGAUGUCAUUGGCCAAACUGGGUGUCAAUCUGAGAAUAGCCACACCAAAGGGUUAUGAGCCAGAUGCUACUGUAACUCAGGAGGCAAUGCAUCUUGCUAAACAGUUUGGCACAGAGUUGCACUUGUUUUCAGAGCCAAUGGCAGCAGCUCAGGGGAGCAAUGUGCUGGUGACAGACACGUGGGUUAGCAUGGGUAAGGAGGAUGAAAAGACGAAGAGGCUAAAGGACUUCCAUGGAUACCAGGUCACCAUGCAGACAGGAAGUGUAGCUGCACCAGAUUGGACUUUCUUGCAUAGUCUCCCACGAAAGUCAGAAGAAGUGGACGAUGAGGUUUUCUACUCCCCACGCUCACUUGUGUUUCCUGAGGCUGAAAACCGCAAAUGGACCAUCAUGGGCUUGAUUGUGUGUAUCCUGACUGACUACAGUCCUCAGAUCCCCAAAUUGAAAUUUUAAUGCUUCAGAACUAAACUCCAGAGCGUGCAACACAAGUGUCCUUCAACAAUACAGGCUCUAUGCAUUUCUAUUCAUUAAUUUAUCUCCUUUAAUCUCCUAUCCUGGAAAUCCUGGGCCCAAGGCAUUAAUAAACACGAGACAAACGGCCAGUCCAUUGCAUGGCGUACCUCUCUCUUAUGCACUUCCUGCUUCACCAGAAGCAGAAACAUACUUUCCAGAAGGCCAACAAUUCACUAAAAAUGUUUUUUUAUUGGUCUUAUGAAGUAUUUUAAUCUUUUGAGAUAGUGAAUUUUGGGUUUCAUUAGCUGUAAGCCAUAAUCAUCAAAAUAAAAAUAAACACUUGAAAGAUA